AUUAGUUCAAAUAUAAAUUAAGCCAUGGUUCUGUCCAACUCAAAGCCCUUUUUCUUGCUUCUGGUUCAAUUCCUAAUGCUACAUCGAAACUGGGACGACACAUCUUUCAACUUCCCCAACUUUUCAGGGCCAUAUCCAAACACCGUUUUAACCUUCCAAGGCGAUGCCCGUAUAAUAAGGGGUGUAAUAGAUCCAACAAAUUUCGUAAAAAAUGCUGAAAUUGUGCCAAGUGCGGGAAGAGCCACCUAUGCUCUCCCCGUGCGUCUUUGGGAUUCAAAAUCUGGUAAAGUCGCAAGUUUCACUACUACCUUCUCUUUCAAAAUAUCGAAUGGUCCAAACACCGGAGACGGAAUCGCUUUCUUCCUUGCACCGUUCGGAUCCAACAUGCCCCGAGAUUCGGCUGGCGGAUACCUCGGACUCUUCAGUCGCGACACUGCCCUAAGAAAUACGAACAAAAACCAUAUAGUUGCCGUUGAAUUUGACAUGCACCAGAAUGAAUGGGACCCAGCUGCUACUCCCCACAUAGGAAUUGAUGUUAACUCCAUCUCUUCGGUAGCAACUGUGCGAUGGGAAAUUGAAGAGCUCGGGGUUCCAACAGUAUCUGCCACCGUUUCCUAUGACUCCAAAACCCAAAUUUUUGGCAUGGCUUUAAAUGACGGAACUGUUGUUGCCUAUGAAAUUGAUUUGAGGACCGUUCUGCCAGAAUUUGUCAGCGUUGGCUUCUCCGGUGCCACGGGAGUGCUGAUUGAAGAUCAUGAGAUUCUAUCUUGGACUUUCAGUUCUAGCUUCGAUUAGGACACUGUAUGCGUUUUUUUCUUCUUAUCAGUAGAAAUUAAACACACAUAUGAGUGUA